UCAGUCUCUGCUGAUGAUAAAACCUCUGCAGCUUGUUGAGCAACGUACUGAAGUCGGUUUAACACAAGCCGGCUCUCAGCUGCGCUUCACAGCAAGAACAAAACGCACUCGUCUGCAGGACGUUUCCCCGAGUCGACGGCUGCGGCAGAAACAACUUGACAUGUUGGAAACACGUUCUCAGUGCAGCUGUAACACGUGAAGUCGGUGUGAAAGCUAAGCUAAGCUAAGCUAAGCUAAGCUAAGCUAAGCUAACCACGUCCUGACUCCAGCACACAGACCUGAGACUGAAAUCCGUCUGAACAUCUGACAGAGAACAGGAGGCUUAAUCUGAAAUGUUGCGUUUGAGAUAAGAGGUUUCCAUCGGUAAACAGUAUAACAGUAUAAAUAGCAGCAGCGGGUCAGUUUGGGAGGCAGACGGACUGCAGACGGACUGCAGACGGACAGACGGACUGCAGACGGACAGACGGACUGCAGACGGACAGACGGACUGCAGACGGACAGACGGACAGGUGAUGAUGCUGCUGCUGCUGUUUGGCGUCUGGCUGAACUCAGCCUCAGCUGCCAACCUGGGCGUGGUGCAGACGGAGGGGGGGCAGGUGGAGGGUCAGAGUCACAGGAUGGGUCUGUUCAGCACCGUCGACGUCUUUAAAGGAAUCCCCUUCGCUGACGUCCCCGGAAAGUGGGAGAAACCAAAACCUCAUCCUGGAUGGAGCGGAAUCCUGAAGGCGACUAAAUAUCGAGAUCGCUGCCUGCAGGUGACGCUGCUGCAGACAAAAACCCAGGGCAGCGAUGACUGUCUCUACCUGAACAUCUUCGUUCCACAGGGACGAAAGUUGUCCACCAACCUCCCGGUGAUGGUGUAUCUGUUCGGAGGAGCCUUCCUGUUGGGGGCGUCCAACGACGUGGCGGUCCUCGGCAACUCUCUGUAUGACGGUAAGGAGAUGGCCGACAGGGGCGGCGUCAUCGUCGUCACGGUGAACUACAGAGUUGGCACGAUGGGUUUCCUCAGCACCGGAGACGGCCGACUGCCAGGUAACUACGGUCUGUGGGACCAGCAUGCUGCCAUCUCCUGGGUCCGCAGGAACAUCCGGGCGUUCGGGGGAAACCCCGACAACGUCACCAUCUUUGGCCAAUCAGCUGGAGCCGCCAGCGUCAGCUUCCAGAUGCUGUCUCCCUACAGUAAAGGGUUAUUCCGCAGAGCGAUCUCGCAGGGUGGUGUGGCCCUCAGUCCCUGGGCUCUGCAGAAGAACCCCAUGGCUCUCACCAAGAAGAUCGCUCGGAAAGUCGGCUGUUCCAGAAAGGACGUAGACGUGAUGUUAACGUGUCUGAAGAUGAGCGACCCGGUCGGUCUCACGUUGGCUGGAAAAAUCAACGUGCUGCUUCUUCUGGGAAAAGGUGUGGUCAUGGAUCUCCUUCAACUCGCUCCGGUGAUCGAUGGGGAUUUUAUUCCAGAUGAGCCCAGUCAGCUGUUUCACAACACGGCUCAUUUUGAUUACCUGGCCGGAGUUAACAGCAUGGACGGACACUUCUUUGCUGGAGUCGACGUUCCUUCCAUCAACAAGAAAAAUGUCACCUCUGUAGAGCAGGUGGAGGGUCUGCUGGCUGGUCUGACUAAAGAGAAGGGGAAUGCCGCCGUCAGCUCGGCCUUCGGCGCUUACUCGUCUCACUGGGGUUCGGCUCCGGAGCAGGAGGUGGUGAAGAAGACGGUGGUCGACAUCGAGACUGACUUCCUGUUCCUGGUUCCCACUCAGAUAGCCCUCCAGCUCCACGCCAACAACUCGAGUGGAGCCCGUACCUACUCCUACCUGUUCGACAUGAAGACUCGUAUCCCAGGAUUCCCUCACUGGGUGGAGGCAGAGCACGCUGAAGACCUGCAGUACCUGUUUGGUAAACCCUUCUCCAUCCCGCUGGUCUACUUCCCCCGACACCGAGACGUGUCCCGGUACAUGAUCGCAUACUGGACCAACUUUGCCAGGACCGGUGAUCCCAAUACAGGCAACAGUAGAGUCCCAGUUCUCUGGCCUCCCUUCACCAAACUCCACCAGCCCUACCUGACCAUCAACCACAACAUCACCAAGUCCUCCGUCAGAUACGACCUGAGAUCAGACUACGUCACCUACUGGACCAAAACCUACAGCAACCUGCCGUCAGUGAGGAGGGAAGAAGAAGAAGAAGAAGUAGAAGAAGAAGAAGAAGAUGGAGGGAUGAAUAGAGAAGGAAAACUGAUCCAACUGUCUGUUUAAAGAGCAAAAACGCAAACAAGUCUAAUUUAACCUGCUGAGAGGCUCCGUUCACACUGCUCCUGUUUUGAUUAUUAAUUUCUCUUCCUCUCAGUGGUAAUUUUGAAUACUGAUAAUUACAAACUACUGGAAUUAUUUAGAAAUGUAUGCUGGAUUAUUAACAGUACAACGAGAAUGAGGAUUACAGGAAAUAAAGAAAGUAAUAAAACAUCAGUGAGGACUUAAAACAGAAUAAUGAACAAAUAAGCAUCAAUCUGAGGAAGUUUGACCUACAGUAGCUGAACUGUGUGCUCGUCUUCUCUUGUGUAAUAAAUGAAUAUGAACUCUGCA